CGUAUCUGUACGGUGUAACUGUUCCGCGAGGUGAGUUCCCUUUAUCGAAUCCUGAAUAUAUUCGGGAUAUUCAAAGUUCAGAGUCAGAAUAAUUAAUUUCAAACGAAAAAGGGAGAGUGCGAUUUGAAUAUCUUCUCAAGUGACAUGGGUCGUAAGAAUCGUGGCAAAGGAAGACCGUCGAGGAGAGAAAACUCGGCAAGAAACGUCGAAAUAGAGGAGAGACGAAAUAAAGAAGACGUGAUCGACGAGAAAAAACGUGAAGUUCCGAUCGAAGUGCGAUCUCGAUUGUCUUACCCGUUGAUCUCAACGUUGUCACGGAGCGAAGACGAAGAGGGAGAGAUUCAAUUAAAUAUCAAACCGAGAUUCGUGUUCGUGUCGAGCCUCUGUGCGUUGUGCUCAGAAAAAUCUAAACUCUGUUGCGAAAAAUGUGAAAUGGUGUCUUAUUGCUCGAAGAGACAUCAGGCGCAAGGACUAAGGGAGCAUCGAGGGCUGUGCGAAGCUUUAGCAGAAAUUCAUUCUUCCAUCGUCUCGACGAUUUCUUCUAAACUCGACCCGGAACAAUACCGUGUCUUUAGAUUGCGUUUGCUCGCUAUUUUUGAAUCGAGAAUCGGUAGGUCGUUGGAACUCUGGGAAAGAGAGAUAGUGUUGUAUCCCAGGGUCUGUCGAAUCUGUCGUCGCUUCGUCGAGAAGCUAGUCUGCUGUCCACGCUGUGGAAUGGAAUCAUUUUGCGAGAAUCAUGGCGAGGAACACGAGAACUGGUGCGAGCAGUUCCAAAUUUUUCAAAGGUUUCUAUUUCUCCAACGCAAACACGGCCGAGUCGAGCCGUGGAUUCCAAACGUGCAUCGAUCGAUGUCCGUAGGAACGUCGUACUUCGACGAACUGAUGUGCGAGAUUUAUGGAGAUUCUUCGUAUUAUCGUCAAAUGGAUUGUUACACGUAUUGCCUGUUAUCUCAUUUGUCAACCAUUCCCUUGACAGCUCUUUACACCAUGCAAAUCUCUUGCGACGAUUGGCAAACUAAAAUCGAGUAUACUAUACACGUAAUUGGAGCGGAAUUCCAAUUCGAGGGAAUUAAUUUAUACGUUUGGGAGAAACUGUUCCUUCAUUUAUCAGCAAACUUGAAGACUCUUCGUUUAAUUUUCAUAGGCCCGGAAUUGCAUCUGCCUAGAGACGUUCCUCCGAAACUUUUGUCCACGGUAAACCUGUGCCAGAGAUGUAAAUCCGAUAACAGAGCUAUCGUCGUCUCGUUUAAACCCGAAAAACUUUAUCACGACGUGAUUCACGACUCUACGAGCAUUGCCGAGCCCGAUUUAAUUUGCGCGUUUAAUCCUGGGCUCUAUAGGAAAACUGGGUUCGGAGGUCGAGACACCUGGUUCGAAACGAUCAGAGAGUUUUGUGGAAAAUUGAAGCCUGUCGCGAUCACGUCUUACACCGCGGACGAAAUGGUUUGGGAAAUGGCGAGGAUCGGUUCCGUCGCGGAAAUCGAUGUAAUUCUGCAACCGAGAUUAAAUCCGUACGCGUCGAUCAAGCCAGAUCGGAACUUUGUCAGCGACGAUACCAAUCCGCUGAUUUACAAAAAUUUCCAUAUCGCUAUUGUCAAAGGCAAAACGAUCUCGUCGUCGCCGGUCAAUGAACAAUAAUCAUUGUGAUGUUCUUUUUAUUUUUGCAUUAUGUAGGUUGUUAUACACAAAUAGUAGAGGUACGUUUACAGUGUACAGAUGCAUCGAGCAGUUUUCAUUUUGAAUAAAGCUUCUACUCGCUCGAA